AUGGAGUUUGACUACUUACGUCCGUCCAAGUCCUUAGACUUCGGUAGAGAUGGUUUUACGGGGUCCCUGUCCGUAUGGCACGAACUUCUGCAGCUCACAGUUCCUGACGAACAAUGUGGCGUUGUAUUCGUUCGUGGUGACUUUCCGGAUAACGGGGAAGCAAUCUUGGCCCGAGCGCAAAGACGCAAUCAAAGGGGUACUUUCGGAUUAGAGCUGCUCAUCCCAGAGGAGGCCGAAUAUGUUCUCGAGCGCACGCCUGCUCAAGGAAUGAUUAAUCUACGGUGGCCAUACACGAGGUUCAACUUCGUGAAAAGGGACGAUUCACUUGGCUCAGCGGUAUUCGCAACUUUUACGGCUUGCUCUUUCAUCAAGGACCAAACUCUUUACCAAAUCCUCCGGGUGGCCCCUCAGUCCUUUUCCACCUCUGAGUCUGCCCUGAGCAAUGGAUCCAUCCCAGAAUCUGCAAUAAACAGGGGGCUAGACCUUGACAUUGGCGGUACCGUCCACAUCGGAUGUUGUUGCGAAGACAGGGAUUCUUCGACAUUUGCAGGUCGAACGGCGACAUUCUACGACAACUACUCGCCUUGUAAGCCCCCAAGGGGACUCAAGAGCUAUGUCAUGGCUUGUGAGAGUGCUUGUCACCAACGAAGGCUGGAAAUGCGACUAUGGGUUAAUGGACAACCUACAGAAUUAAAUCACGAUUUGUCGAAUCCCUCCAGGAUACAGCAACUUGGAGAGAGCAAUGAGAAAGGAGGUGCUACAGCAGUGUGGAGACUUCAUACCGUCACCAAUGUUGAAUGGACCAGGACUGAGCCCAUUUCGGCCGUUGCUUCCAUUUCCCUUGUGGACAGCAAGAUACCGCUUGACUUUCAGCCAAUGGCCAUGAUAGAAUCUGCUGACAUCCGCGAUUAUCUUGGAUAUUCCAAAGACUCCAUGAACGCCCCAUACCGACUCUGGUCACAAAUGCUACACCAGCCACCAGGCCCUCGAGCUUUCGAUCUAAACGUCAUCAGCAGAACAGUGGAGAACAUUAUAGGACUAUCGUCCGUUCCCGUGCAGAGCGAGGUCACCGCUUCAGACAGGCGGGAUGGGACGAAGGCGGCGGAUUUGUCACCUGUCCAGGUAUCCUCAGUCGAUACAAAUUUUCCAAAUGACAGUCAGACAGAUUCAGAGCUACGACUGCCUGAUGCUCGAAGUGGAACUUCUCAUCUUGUCCGGAAGCGGAGUGAGAGCUCGAUGAUCAAAACUAACAUCGCACUUAUCGGAAAUAUUGUCACAAGGCAAGUCGCCGAUCUUGAAAGUCUCUUGUACGUGAUGCCUAUUUCGUAUGUCACAAGCCACUUCACAUUAGUAUACUGA